AUGGGUAAAAAAAGUAAAGUAGGAAAGCAGAGGAAAGACAAAUAUUAUCAACUCGCUAAAGAAACAGGUUAUCGUUCACGAGCUGCGUUUAAAUUGAUUCAGUUGAAUAGAAAGUUCGGAUUUUUGCAAAAAUCACGAGUAUGUAUCGACUUAUGUGCCGCCCCUGGAGGUUGGAUGCAAGUGGCGCAUCAAAAUAUGCCUGUGUCCAGUAUCGUAAUUGGAGUAGAUUUAUUUCCUAUUAAGCCAGUGCCGGGAUGCAUUGGUCUUACAGAGGAUAUUACUACUGAAAAGUGUAAAACUGCUAUUAAAAAAGAAAUAAAAACUUGGAAAGCUGAUGUUGUGCUGCAUGAUGGAGCACCCAACGUUGGUCUUAACUGGAUACAUGAUGCAUACCAACAAGCUUGCUUGACUCUUAGUGCGCUGAAAUUAGCUACUAAUUUUCUGAGAGAAGGAGGCUGGUUUAUCACAAAAGUAUUUAGAUCUAAAGAUUAUCAUGCACUCUUGUGGGUGUUUAAACAGUUUUUUAAGAAAGUUCAUGCAACAAAGCCCCAGGCCUCUCGUAAUGAAUCAUCUGAAAUUUUUGUUGUGUGUCAAGGAUAUAUUGCGCCUGAUAGUAUUGAUCCUAAACUUCUGGACUCUAAGAAUGUUUUUGAAGAUUUGGACAUUGUAAAAAAACAACAUUUGAAUUUAAUGCAUCCUGAAAAGCAAAAAAAGGCAAAGGCUGAAGGUUAUAAAGAAAAUGAUUAUACAACUCAUCAUAAAGUACCAGUAUCAGAGUUUAUUAACCAUGAUGAUCCAAUAGAUCUUUUACAAGGCUGUUCUGAAAUAGUUAUCGAUGAUAAAUCUAUAGAAAAUCAUCCCAAAACAACAAAUGAGAUCAAAGAGUGUUGUAAAGAUAUAAAAGUACUUGGUAGAAAAGAUUUAAAAGCCUUAUUAAGUUGGAUAAAACAAAUGAAAGAGUUAAGAGCAACUAAUAUUACCUCUGAGAAAGCUGUAGAAGAAAAUAAAACAGAUGUUGAAGCAGAUAAAGAUGGAUCAGAAGAUGAAAAUAAAGAUAUAGAUGCAGAAAUUGCUGAAUUGCAGGAUGAAGAAAGACGCCAGUUAAAGCGGAAGAGAAAACAACUAAAUAAACAGAGACAAAAAUUAGCAGAAAAAAUGAAUCUGAAAAUGGUUUUGAAAGGGGAUGGUGGACCUAUUAUGGAGAGUCAUGAUAUGUUUAGACUGUCUGACAUUAAAAGUUCAAAGGAAUUAGAACAUCUAGUCGAUCAAGAACCAGAUAUUGUCACAGAAAGAAGUGAUGAUUCAGACAGUGAGCUGAAACCUAAACCAAAAUAUGUUAAGUAUGAUGUUGAGUCUUCUAAACUCGAUUCUUCUGGACUUUAUUACAAAGACUCCGAUAGUGAAUUGGAAAUGGAGACAGACUCUGAAGAUGAGAAGGAAAAGGACUCCUUAGCCUUUUCGGACUCCGAAAAUGAUUCAAAGAAAAUAGAAAAACUUACUAAACUCAAUACUUUAAGAAAUAGCAAAACUGAACGAAUUCCUUCCAUUCCAAAAAAUAAUCCACUUUUAACUGAUCUGGACGACACAGAUCCAGUAUCUAAACGCUCUAUGAAAGCUGAACUUUGGUUUCAAAAAGAUAGCUUUAAGGAUAUUGAUGAGGAUGAUGACGAGGGAGUCGAUUUGGAUAAGCUAGCUGAAACAUACAGACAAAAGGGCAAAAGGGUACCUGAAGAUAAAAUAAUAGAUCCUUCAGUAAAAAAUGAAAAUGCAAAGCAAAACCAAGGUAAAUCUGAGAGCUCAGAAAGUGAAUCAUCCGAUAGUGAUUAUGAUGUAGAAGAUACUGUAGCCCCAGAAACUGGAACAGCUAGUGGAAAAAACAGCAAGAAAGAUGGUUUUGAAGUUGUUUCCCAAGAUCCAGAUCUAAAGAGAUUGAAGAAAACAUUGAAAAUGGAUGCAGAAACACUAGCUUUAGGGACAAUGAUAGCAACAUCAAAAAAAUUUAAAAGAGAUUUAAUAGAUGAUGCAUGGAACAGAUAUGCAUUUAAUGACAAAAACUUGCCUGAUUGGUUUGUAGAGGAUGAAAAGAAGCAUAUGCGCAAGGACGUUGUAGUGCCAGAGAAAUACGUAGAAGAGUACAAAAAUCGAAUGCAAGAUAUUAAUGUACGGCCAAUUAAGAAAGUAAUCGAAGCUAAGGCGAGGAAAAAGAAACGUAUGUUAAAGAAGAUGGAGCGCGCAAAGAAAAAGGUUGAAGCUGUUAUGGAAAAUGCUGAUAUGUCUGAGAGGGAGAAGGCUCAGCAAAUUAAACAUCUGUAUAAAAAGGCAAAAACUGAUGGGAAAAAGAAAGUUACUUAUGUAGUUGCUAAGAAACAUACUACCGCAAAACGAAUGAAAAGACCAGCGGGAGUUAAAGGGCAUUAUAAGGUGGUUGAUCCCCGCAUGAAGAAAGAUCUGCGCGCACAGAAGGCCAAGGAGAAAACAAAAGGUCGCGGUAAAAAAAGCAAGCCUAAUAACAGGGUACCGAAAAAAAACGCUAACAAAAAGAAAGCUAAAUAG